CCGAAGCACGAAUCAUUUUGCUCGAGAUCGAGCACCUAGUGUAGCUAGCUGCAACUAAGAUGGCUUCCUUCAUCCUUGAAGGCCUAGGAUGGCUUGUCGUCGGCCUCUUCUCCCUGUACAUCUUCCAGCUGAUCCGUGACUCUCGCCGGCGUCUCCCCCCUGGCCCCUGGCCGUCCAAGCCGAUCAUCGGCGACCUCCUCGACCUCGGGGAGCCCGGGCAGCAGCACCGCACCUUCCAGAAACUCUCCGAACGCUACGGUGACCUGAUGUGCCUCCGCUUCGGCUCGGUGCCCCACGUGAUCGUCUCCUCGCCGGAGGCGCUCCGCGAGGUCUUCCACGCCGGGGAAAACGGCAAGAAGGUGGACAACAUCGCCGGCAUCCCGAGCCUGGACGUGCUCACCGCCUGGGGCCACGACUCCCACACCAUCUUCGCGCUCCCGAGCCUGGACGACAAGUGGCGCGCCGUCCGCAAGUUCGCCGCCGCGGAGAUGCUCGCGCCCAGGCGGAUCGCCGGCGCCGGCGCGAUGAUGCAGGCCAGGAUCGUGGAGUCGCUGUACCGGUACCUGUCGGACCACGCAGCGCGCGGCACCACCGUCGCGAUCAGGAACGCGGUGAUGGACCCCAUCCUGAGCCUGCUGCUGGGCCUGCUCUACUCCAUCGACCUGGAGCCCAAGGAGAGGGCCAUGUUCAGGGACACCAUCGAGGAGAUCGUCGAGAUACUCGGGACCGGCAACGUCUCCGACAUGUUCCCGGCGAUCGCCCCCCUCGACCUCGAGGGCCUUCGCCGCAGGACCAAGACCCUGCUAGGCAUCGUGUACCACCCCUUCGACGAGCAGGUCGUUCUGCGGCGGCGCAGCCGGGAAGCCGGGGAGCCACGCAAGAACGACGUGCUGGACACCGUCCUCGAUAAGGAGAGCGAGUGGGAGAAGGAGGGGUCCCUGCUCAGCCCGGAGGUUAUCAGAGUACUCCUCUCGGACAUAUACGGCGCCGGAGGAAGCUCGACCGCGGCUCUCAUGGAGUGGGGAAUGGUGGAUCUCAUUCAGAACCCAGAGACAAUGCACAAGGCCAAGGAGGAGCUCAAAAGGGUUCUUGGCGACAAGCCAUUCAUUGAAGAGUCCGACGUCGCCAAGCUCCCAUACCUCCAAGCCGUCAUCAAGGAGAUGCUUCGUCUUCGAGUGGCGCUGCCAUUGAUGCCUCGCAAGACAGAGGCCGACAUCGAGGUCAACGGCUACAGGAUCCCUAAGAACACCAACGUGCUCGUCAACGCGUGGGCCAUCAACCGCAACGCCCAGGCAUGGCCCGACCCGCACAAGUUCAUCCCGGAGAGGUUCCUUGACGGCGAGACCAGGAGCCACGUGGGCCAGGAUUUUGACAUGAUCCCGUUCGGUCUCGGCCGCCGCAUCUGCCCCGGGAUGCCGCUUGCGAUGAAGAUGAUACCCCUCAUCCUUGGCACGCUGCUCCAUCGCUUCGACUGGGAGCUCCCGGCCGAGGUCAAGGAGAGCGGGAUCGACAUGAAAGAGAAGUGUGGGGUCGUCUUGACUCUAGUCACCCCCCUCAAGGCCAUUCCCAGGGAAAUAUGAGUACCGUAUGGCUCAUUUCAUCCGGUAAUUUGAAGUACGAUCCAUGUUUCUGAUGAGCUGGUCUCCGCCUUUUUUCCGAUAAUUGUGUCUUUUUUUGUAUGUGCUACUAUCUUACAGGAUACAGAGUAUGUAAACGAACCUUAUGGUGUUGAAAUAAAAUUAUAUGUCGGAUUACUAAGCGCAGUUGCGCGAGGGCUCGUA